AUGGAACCAAGCACUUCCAUACAAGAAAAUAGAAAUUACACAUCAGUGGUCAUGUUUAUUUUCAUUGGAAUCACAGAUGAAAAAGAAUUGCAGUUCAUUCUCUUUCCAGUCUUCCUAGGAAUUUACCUAGUGACCUUAUUCUGGAACCUGAGUCUUAUCAUACUUAUCAGGAUGGACUCUCACCUCCAUACACCCAUGUACUUUUUUCUCAGUAUCUUGUCAUCUAUAGACAUCUGUUACUCUUCUUCUAUAAGUCCAAGGAUGCUUUCAGAUUUCUUCAAGGAUGAAAAAACAAUUUCCUUUAUUGCCUGUGCUAUGCAGUAUUUUACUGCAGCUUGGAUGGGUCAGGCUGAGUGCUGCCUCUUGGCUGCCAUGGCCUAUGACAGAUAUGUUGCUAUUGGGAACCCUUUGCAGUAUUCAACCAUCAUGGCGCCUGGCCUUUGUCAGAAGAUGGUUACUGGGGCUCUUGGAACUGGUUUUAUCUGUAGCUUAAUUGAAACAGUUCCUGCUUUUCAGAUGUAUUACUGUGGGCCAAAUGUGAUUCAACACUUCUUCUGUAACAUAUCUGAGGUUAUUAUUUUGUCUUGCUCCAGUACUUUUAUCACUCAAAUGAUUCUAUUUUGGACAAUUUUGUUCAUUGGGUUUGGUUCUUUCCUUGUCAUCCUGUUAUCCUAUGGCUUCAUCACAGUUUCCAUCCUAAAAAUGUCUUCUGUUAAAGGUAGUCUCAAGGCCUUCAAUACCUGUGCCUCCCAUUUGGCAGUUGUAACACUCUAUUAUGUCCCAGUUUUCUUUGUAUAUAUGCAGCCUCAUUCUAGGCACUCUGAGAAAGAGGACAAGAUACUAUCAGUAUUUUAUGUUUUCAUUACCCCCAUGUUAAACCCUCUUAUCUAUAGUCUGAGAAACAAGGAGAUCAAAGAAGCACUCAAGAGGAUGUUAAAAAAGACUGUACAAUCUCCCUAA